AUGACCCGUGCACAGCUGAGGGAUGCUGAGGUAGGCUUGCCCGUUGCUAGCCAGUUAGCCGCGUUAGCUGUGUCUAGUAAUUCUGGGAGAAACAGUCGUUGCUUCCCCCCACCCCCCACCUUUUAAAACAAAACCACCCGAGUGAGAUAUACUACAAGACCAUGGAGAGGAUACAGCGCAUGUGUUCGUCGUUUGUCUCCCCUCGUAUCAUCAGCUUUUGGUUAGAUGUCAAUGUCAUAAUUUGUAGCUAGAGCUGUCCAGUUAGCUCAGCUAGCCUGUGUCUGGUUUUAACGCAGGGCCAAGGCCAAGCGAGAAAAGGAGGCCGUUGGGUGUUUGCUCUUUAAGUUGAAAGAGGAAGAGAGGAGAGGAGAAGAACAUCGGAGUUUGGGAUCAGACCUUCUUUUGAAGUCACCUCUGCCAUCAUCUUCGUCACCUGCACCCUCAACAGAGCCAUGUCUUCGUCAGGGUGCUGCCACCUACCUGGCUCCCUUUGUGAUUACUCAGGGAACGCUGAAUCUGAUGCCUCUAAGGAUUCGGAGGAGUCUGAUUCUACUGCGCAGGCCCAGUACAUUGCCAAGGUUACGGCCAAAGAUGGCCGCCCACUCUCCACCGUUGUUAAAGCGGUGAGCUUGCAGAGUGAUGUAGGGAUGUGUCGGAUUUGCCACGAGGGAGCUGGAGGGGAGACGCUGCUCUCACCCUGCGACUGCACUGGCACACUGGGUAAAGUGCACAAGAGCUGCUUGGAGAAGUGGCUGUCCUCCUCCAACACCAGCUACUGUGAACUCUGUCACACAGAGUUCACCAUCGAACGGCGGCCACAACCCCUCACACAGUGGCUGAAGGACCCCGGCCCCCGCAGUGAGAAGCGCACGCUGUUGUGCGACAUGGCCUGCUUCCUUCUCAUCACACCCCUGGCAGCCAUCUCUGGCUGGCUGUGUCUGAGGGGGGCCCAGGACCACCUGCAACUGAAGAGCAGACUCGAGGCUGUUGGCCUCAUAGCGCUCACUAUCGCCCUCUUCACGAUCUACAUCCUCUGGACACUGGUGUCAUUUCGGUAUCACUGUCAGUUGUACUCAGAGUGGAGGAGGACCAAUCAGAAAGUGCGCCUGCUCAUGCCUGACAUGAAAGGAGCACACACCACCCAGCGUUCUGUGCCGACCAAGUCGACCAAGAAAAUGACUGACGAGACCAUCGUAUGAGUGCCGAGCAGUGGCGAGAGGAAUAUUUAAAAUAAAGCCCACUGAAGCACUCUCUAAAAACAAAAUUAAUCAUGUUAAUGAACUUUGCACUUCAUAUGGACCAUUCUGAGAGGGGAGAGCUACUUCCUCCCUCUGUUUUUUUUUUUCUUUUAUCGAAGCACUUGAUGUAAACUACAACGGUAUUGGCCGACCACAGAUGUGGUUUUGGGAAGAACUCAUUCCAGAGUCACAGUUGAUGUUGAUACACCGUUGUCACCGGACAGCCAGUGCUGGGAUGUGAACGACUGAAACCAUGGAUAAUGCACUAACCAGCCCAACUGUAUGUCCGUGACACAAACUUAUGAAAUACUAAGACACAAGCUAAUGUAGCAGGAUAUAACUGAUUCAGCAUGCUACUACAGUAUAAUAUGAGACAUAUUCACUACCUAUAAUUCCCCCCCAUGCCCCUUCACAAUGUAUUUAGCUGUUUUUGAACAAUGGGCAGCCAUUAGCCCGGCGGAGGAUAAUAAUCUAAAAAAAAUGAUUGACAAAGUCUAUCUGUGAAUAUUCCUUCUUGACGAGUAGAGGGCGACAGUCGCUCAUACCUACAUUCUUGUCUAUAAUCUAAACCCUUUUAAAUUUUCUGGGUAAAGCUUUAUCAUUGCUGUCGAGACGGUGAAAAUGAAGUCAUUUUCCUAUUUAGACAACAGUCAAGGCAUCACACGUAUAUCACACUUGUCAUGGGGUCAGUGAAGAUUGUAGUAUUUGGAAAAAACACUUAACUGCAUCCGUAAAACGGCAGUGCAGUAAUGUAAAAGGAAAUAGUAUUGAAGGUGUUGAAGUGUUUACAUUCGAAUUGGGUGAAGUUUCUACUAUUGUCAUAAAAGUGCAUUAGCAACGGCUCUGCUCCACUUGUAAAUGCACCAUUCAUUAAUUGAGCUGCAUAGCAAUGACUUAGUAUUAAUGUCCUACAUCACAAGAGAUGCAAUUUUAAAUAGAAGAAAUACAGUGUUCUAAAUAGUGAGAUUACAGACUUUUGUCCUUAUAAAAACACAAAUGUAUCAGGGCAGGCUGAUACUCAGUAAAGGUGCAAAAGAAAAACGUGUCAAGUUUUGAGAUGUCAAUCAAUGUAUGCAGCAUAUGCUAAACAAAGUAUUUUGUGUUAUUGUAGUCUUCCUGCUGCAUCCCCUGGAAAGUUGGGUUAUUGUGCAAUAAAACACGAGGGACUCCUGGACUCAAAUCAA